AUGCAUGCCAAUAUCACAGACAAAGAAUUUCACACCUCGAUCAACAGCAUCAUCAGAUCAUCAUCUCAUAAAAAUCAGGAUGAAACAAAUGGUCCUUUAAAAUUAAUCGUGACAGGAGAAGGUGGAAAUUUUGACCCGAGUCGUGACUGGGAAGAACAUAGGAGUCUUACAAUUAAGGAUGAUCCUACCUUAAAACAAUUUUGUUCAUUUUUAAGUAGGAAAGCAGACUGGUUAGUAUCCGUUGAACCUGAUGCUAACUCAAAAUCUACUGAACCCAAACAAUCUUCAAAACCAUGGCUUUCUGCUUCGCCUUCUGCAUCAAAUGUUAUGCUAUCAGCUACUUCUAUGCAGCUUGCUACUUCUGCGCAUGUUUUACUGUCCACAGCUAUGGUGAACGUGAUCAGCGCGACCGGUAAGAAGUACGCAGCCCGUCUAUUGCUGGACAACGGUAGUACGGCGAAUUUUAUAACACAAAGCUUAUCAGAGAAACUGGGUUUGUCACUAAGCGGUGCGAGCACCAAGAGGGGAAGUGAAGCCUGGAUCCCUGGUCCUCAUCAAGGA